AUGAGCCACAGUUUUUCGCCAAAACCUAGAAAAGCCAGAGAAGGGUGCUUGCGAGAGGAGGGCGUUGCCGAAGCCGGCGAGGAGGGUGUUUCCGUCGAUGGACGGGGAGAUGUUGGCGGAGACGGCUCUUUUCACGUCUACAACCGUCUUGGUGCUUUGUCACCAGUUUCGCGUUCGACGCCAUCGAUCCGGGGGAAUAACGCUCCUUCUUGCUGCCUCGUCCUUCCUGUUCAAGGCCAGCGCCGCCCUAGAUAUGGGGCUCCGCUACCAGUUUCGUCUCCGAUUGAUCCAUUCUCCCUCUUCCCAUUCGACCAUCCACUGCCCGGUAUCUCCCCACGACAACCGACGUCUAUUCGGAGGAACCAGCAAAUAUGCCUGUUGAAACAACACACAAUGAAGUUGUUGCUUUGUCCUCGUAGUGAUUCCAUUAGAUGUUGA